AUGAAGAGGCGUGAAAUACACUAUAACGAGGGAACCACAAAGAUGGAUAUAAAAAGUAAUAAGCAAGUUGGUUUUAAGAAGUUCAAAUUUAUUUGCUCCCCCCUGGAGAAAUACUUUCGUUUUGGCCGCCCCACCCGAGGUCACAACAUGUACCCAAUUGGCUAA